CCACCCUCCUCUGCCCCCCAGCACUGUGCAUGUCUGCGGCAUAACGCUGCGCGGUCAUUUCCAGGUUGAAGCAGCGGCUGAGACCCGUCCCACAGCUCAGCAUGUCCCCGGGACUCAGACCUGUCUCCCCCCGCCUAACCCUCCUGCUCCCCCCGCUGCUGCUGCUGCUGCUUGCGGGACAGCAGAGCCUCGCGACCCGGCCGCUGCUCGUGUUCCUGAUCGACGGAUUCCGCUAUGACUACAUGGACGACCUGGGCGCGCUCCCCGGAUUCCGAGAGCUCGCGAGCAGCGGGGUGAAGGUGGACUACAUGACCCCGGACUUCCCCAGUCUAUCUUACCCCAACUACUACUCACUAAUGACAGGGCGUCACUGUGACAUUCAUCAGAUGACUGGAAACUACAUGUGGGACGAAUCCUCCAAUAAGGAGUUUUUGAUUGGGACAAACCCCGACAGCCUGAUGCCUCUGUGGUGGGACGGGUCAGAGCCGCUGUGGGUCACCCUGCAGAAGCUGGGAAAGAAGGUGUUCAUGUACUACUGGCCUGGCUGCGACGUGGAGAUCCUGAGUGUCCGUCCAUCAUUCUGUGAGAAAAACGUCUACGAUCCAUCGGAGAAAAACCUCACAGACUCUAUAGAGAAUGCUCUCAAUGUCAUCAGGUCAGGCCAGGCGGGUAUGACAGCGAUAUAUUAUGAGAAAAUCGAUGUGGAGGGCCAUCACUUCGGCCCAGACUCUCCUCAGGUCAGAACAGCUGUGCAACAACUGGAUCUUGCUAUUCAGACCCUCAACAGGAAAAUAAAAGAGAAGAACCUGGUGAACCAGCUGAACAUCAUCCUGUUUUCUGACCACGGUAUGACGAAGAUCAAGUGGAUGGAGAAGGUCAUCGAGCUGGACCAGUACAUCAACAUGUCCUCCAUCGCUAAGAUGAUGGACAGAGGGCCGGUGGUCAGUCUGUGGCCCCAAGAUAACAUGUACCAAGAGGUGCAUGCUGCAUUGUCUCAGGUCCACAACAUGCGAGUCUAUGGCAGACAGGAGAUCCCUGAUCGUUUCCACUUCAAAGGAGGGAGGUUCGUCGCCCCCCUGACCCUGGUGGCUGAGCCGGGCUGGUUCAUCAUUCAGAACAAGGCCAUGCUCCCGUACUGGAAAAACGACACCGGGGAGGCCUCAGCAUGGCAAAAUGGUUGGCAUGGAUACGACAAUGAGUUCCUCGACAUGAGAGGCUUUUUCUUGGCUUCAGGACCUGACUUCAAGCGGAAUGUUCGAGCGGCUCCGAUCCGGGUGGUGGACGUCUACAACGUGAUGUGCUGGACGUUGGGAGUGAAACCGUUGCCCAAUAAUGGGUCCUGGUCUCGGGUGGAGUACUUCCUGAACGGCUCUGAGGGUCCAUCCCAGCCCAUGACCCUUUGCUGUAUGGGGCUGUUAGGAAUACUGCUUGCACUUUGGAACUAAGGCAUUAAACAGUUCAGCGCUUAUGGCAUCUGAUUGUAGCUAGAAAAUGAUCUGCUAGAAAGAGUUAGAACAUGAAACCGUGUAGAGGUUAAUGCAUCUCAAAGGGAGGGGAAAGAAAGUGGCUUGAAUAUCUUUGAUAUGGUUAGAGCAUUUUUAAGGACCAAGAAGCCUUAAAGGGCCUUUAAAGUUUUCCAGAACCACAUCCCAACUAAUGAAAUGGACUGGGAAAAAAGAAAAACCUUACAUGCCUCCAACACCUCAGAGAGGACUUCCAUUCUAAACUCGGAGGUCCUCUCCCUCCCCAACUCUCCAUGUCUGAUCCAAAUUGCAUCCUAAUGAUUACCUGAUCAUUUUCUGCAUACUUUCCUGGAAAGAACUGUUAUUUGGAACUAAUUAUGGGGAGAUUAUAGAGUCAAAUAAACACUCCCUCUGCUGUAACACUGUAAAUGUCCCCUCUGUGAUUCUGACGCACUGCUGAUAUCUUUGUAACCCUGAUGCUGUAAACCUCGUCUCUCCUUUCUUGGAAGGUUUUAUUCCAAGAUGUCAUUUCCCCCAGAGCGCUGUGAUCCUGCAUAUCCUGAGCAGAAUGAAUCUUUGUGGAUGUCACAGUAACCACUUGAUAGACUCAUAUCGUCAAUAAUGCUGAUGUUGCCUUCUUUUGAUAUGUGUCCAAGCUAUCUGAUAUAUUGAGAAUGAUGAAAGCAUUUCUGAUUUUCAAUUGGCAAAGCACAAAUAAAUGAAGCUUUCGAAACACUUUUUUACGCUUAGGCUCUUUAAAAUGUUGUAUCUGACUUUGUAUGGUCGAUGAUUAUGACCGAAAAGAUCCUUUUUCAUGUGUUUCCAACUUCAUUCCAUUGUGCAAUCCUGUGUUGUAUAAUGCCAAUAAAGCUGAACCUUGAAUUCAGCUCUUCAUGUCUUUGUGUUGGAUCUGACCCUGUAGAACAUGUUAUGUGAAAAUGACUAUAAAUUGAUUUGCUUUGA